AAAUUCAGCCAGGCUAUCUAUAAAGGACACCCUGGAUAUUUCAAAUAUUGAAACGUUAAUUACGUUCUGGUACACGAAGGAAGCCAGCUAAGACUGACGAGGGUGUCCCGGUCGGACAUGGGCCACUACAUGUGCAUGGCUUCCAACGGCGUGCCACCAGCAGUUAGCAAAAGGAUAUCGAUCAAUGUCCACUUUGCUCCAGUUAUUCAAGUACCCAAUCAACUGGUAGGGGCACCACUUGGGACGGAUGUCUCGUUAGAGUGUUACGUCGAAGCAUCUCCGAAAGCAAUCAUCUACUGGAUGAAGGACUCGAGUGACAACAUGGUCGUGACAAGCGACAAGUACGAAACCAAAGUUAGCGUCAGGUCCCUAUUCGAGACAUGGAUGAUGCUCAAGGUUCACAAUUUCAGAAAAACAGACGUCGGCACUUACAGAUGCGUGGCGAAAAAUUCCUUGGGCGAGGUCGAAAGGAGCAUUCGACUAUACGAGAUCCCAGGUCCAGUCGUCAACAACCGGCACCCUGCGAUACCGACCGUAGUGGCGGAAGACCAGGAAGAAGACGAAGACGAGGGUGGCUCCGCGUACGCCGCGAUCCCGGACACGCCGCCCCCGCGGAGGCAGGAAUCCCUUGGACCGAGCGAGCCGCCCUCAGGCGGUGCAUCUCAUAUCACGGCCGUAUUGUACAUUUUCAUCCCCAUCUCACGGUUAAUCUAAUCGGCGUAUUUUCAAACUUUCGGCCCAGAUCGCGAUUUUGAAUCUUGAGACAAUACGUUUUCUCUUUUCAACAGCUCAAAUCGUCGACCCCGGCAGAAAAGGGUUUCUUUGAGAGAAGCGGAAAUGACAUUUUAGGCAAAAUUAACAUUCAAAUGUUCGUGAAUGUGUGAUAUUAGCGAGACAACUUAUUACUUUUUUCUUCUCGCCAUUCAAUAUAAUUUAUUCUAAACAUUCUUUCUGUUCAAAACACAUCCAAAUUUAGCCUGCUAUUAAUUGUAAAAAAAAUACAACAAUCAACCAAUUUAUCUCAAACUGAACUUACAUUUUAUAAAGUACCACACAUUCUAUGAACGAUGUUGUCAUAACGUAUAUUGAUUUAAAUAAUUGAAUGUCAUUGUUUAUUAGCUGAAAAGAUCAAACAUUAUUAAAUGUUAUGAUUUAAUGAGUUCUUGCUAUCAUAAAAGAUUUUGUAGGGAACUAUUUUUUGAAAAAUUCGACUUUUCAUUCAAACGUUUAUUUGUUGAUGUACAUAGUUGUUGUACAUAGUCUUUAUUUUUUUAUUAUAUCUUAUAACACCUUUCUUUUUCUUACAAAUGACCUAUUUGAUCAUUUGAAAAUUCUAAUAGGUCUUGAAUCAAAUGAGUGGCAAACAGAAAUAUAUUUUAGGUAGAAAAGCUUGUGCGUUUUGUUCUCAAUUUUUUUUAAACCUCACGAGUUUUUAAAUAAACUCUUGAUCUGUGUUUAUUUGACACUGACACUUGGGAAAUCUCUUCCGCAAUGUACAUUUAAAUUUACAAAAAUCUUUUUUUUUCUUUUUUUAGCCAAAACUUGGCAGACAGGACAGAUUUAGACCGGCAUAAAGGAAAAAUUUUGUUCUCUCCCUAAACAUAAUUUCUUAAUUCUCUCUACACUUCUUUAAUAUUUCCCUUCCAAUUAAUCUAUUAAUAAUAUUAGAUAGUUACUUUUCCUUUUUGUUUUGUCUGUCAUUACUAUUAUGUAAAAGCCAAAUAAAUUUUACUUUUUGGAUAACAAAUUACAUUUGAAGCUUAAAAAAAAGGAAAUUGUCUCCUUUUUCAUACUAAAUAAGCAAAAUAAAACGCCAACUGCAAUAAUGGUUUCUUUGAAAUUAAUUUGAAUUAAAACAAUGACGGUAUUUUAUUACAAUUUUAACACUUGUUUUUAAAGAAGUAGUUUAUUUGAUUUUUAAAAAUAGCCAGUUUACUUCUUAAUUAUUGUUCACUUCUUAAUUAAAAUUUAUUGACAUCUAGUCUUCAGUAUCUUUUUAUGAAAUUCCGUCUGUUGUACGGUUUGUAAUUAAACAACACUACCUGGUGAGAAAAUCGGCGAAUGAUAAAUUAAUGUAAAAAGAAAGGUAGCACACUGAAAAUUUUUAUGCUAAACUUAUACUUUUAAAAAUUUUUAAUAGUUUAAUAAUGAAACAUAAAACAAACUAUUGGAAAUCAAACAAACUGCCAAAAAUCAUCAUCACAAAUAGAGAGGAACUGUAUUUGAAUAAGCUAUACGCUCGGAUCAAUUCUCAUUGUUCACAGUUGUGUAAAUAGCUUUUCAAAUUAUAAAGAAUUUUCUUUAAAAAAAGACAAACCCUGAUAUGAGCUCAAAUUUUCACAUUCAUGUACAUACACGCCUAUCAAUUCUCGCAGCUCGCCGGCAAUGCAGCUUUUGUGUAAUUUAUAAUAAAUUACCGGCAGGCCACGAGAAUCACCCACCUCGCGAGUUGGCAGUCCAGGAUCAGACCUACGUCUUAUUCGUCCUGGCAAUGAGGUUGGGCUCCAGGGGAUGUCAAAAGCUAGGUCAUUUAGGUCAUUUAACGCAAUCAGUACCUAAAUCCAUUCACACUCUCGUUCACUCUUAAAUAUUUAUUUUGCAAUUUACAUGACAUUCAGUCAGGUUGGUGGAUACUUGAUACGCAUAUUAUAUAAUUAAUAUAAUUGAGGGUCGAUGGGUACUCAAAAUUAAACCACCGACCCACUCACAUUCGUGCUAAUAAGUUCAUCCACUCUCAACACUCUAGGGUACACAAUAGUAUCAGCUCUAUAUACAAUAAAAAUAACUCUAUUUAGACCAAGAAUUUGAACGGGAAAAACAGACAUUGGCGACGGCUCAAGAACAAUUCUCAUAAAGGAAAUUUUUACGCGCAAUUUAUAUGAAUUGCGCCUUUAUUUUGUGUGAGACAUCGAUCAACCAUUUUCUACAUGCGACGUACAUAUUCAGCUUUGGCCCAAAAGUAAUUUUCCAUGUCCACAAGCAGUCUUCAAAUUGUAAACAAAUUGUACUCAAUACUGAUGCAGUCUUUGGCAACGUGGGACUGAGUCGGACUACGAAAAAAUUUUAUUUUCUAAGAUAAUUUUAUUUUUAUUUUAGGAAUUUAUUUAGUGUAUGUUAGCAAUUUUAAACUGUUUCUUGUCAUAAUAUUUCAACGCUCAAAUAUAAAACCUUUGUUGGUUAGCCUACACAUUACUGAAAAAUUUUAUGGUUAUCUUUCAUGACAAUUCCGGUUUUGAUAAUUCUCACGUUUUGGGUAAAUAAAAAGAAAAAUCUCAAUCUAUCU